AAGAGGAGGAGUGAGGAAGGAUGGGGGAGCAGCAGGAAAUGUUUGUGUGGUUUAAAUCCGAACCAGAGUCUCUUCUGARAGCAGUCGGCGAGUCCAGGAGGAGAUCCAGCAGCAACAUGGUCAGCCGAGUGGAACAUCCUGCUGCAGGUUACCAGAAGAUCUUUGAGACGGUGGAGGAACUAAAUGAACCGAUUUCUGCAGAAAUAACUGGUGUUUUCCCGUCGUGGCUCAGAGGAAGCGUCCUCCGGAUGGGUCCGGGUCUUUUCGAGAUCGGGGACAAACCGUAUCACCAUUUGUUUGAUGGGCAAGCUCUGAUCCACAAGUUUGACCUGAAGGGCGAUCAGGUGACGUACUUCAGGAAGUUCAUCAGGACGGAUGCAUAUGUUCGGGCCAUGACAGAAAACCGGGUCGUCAUCACAGAGUUUGGCACCGCUGCCUAUCCAGACCCCUGCAAAAACAUUUUCUCCAGGUUCUUUACGUACUUCAGAGGCAUUGAAGUGACGGAUAACUGCUUAGUGAACGUUUAUCCGAUCGGCGAGGAUUUUUACGCCGUCACAGAGACAAACUUCAUCACCAAAGUGGAUCCAGAUUCACUGGAGACACUGAAGAAGGUGGAUCUGUGUAAAUAUCUGUCCAUUAACGGAGUCACAGCGCAUCCCCACGUUGACGCAGACGGUUCGCUCUACAACAUCGGAAACUGCUUCGGCAAAAACAUGAGUCUGGCGUACAACAUCGUCAAGAUGCCGCCGGCACAGAAAGAUAAAUCAGAUCCCAUUGAGAAAUCCCAAGUUGUGGUCCAACUACCCAGCAGUGAAAGAUUAAAGCCUUCCUACAUCCACAGUUUUGGUAUGACUGAGAACUACUUUGUGCUUGUGGAGCAGCCGGUGAAGAUCAACCUGCUCAAGUUUCUGUCGUCUUGGAGCGUCAGAGGAGCAACGUACAUGGACUGCUUCGAAUCCAACGAAAACAUGGGGACGUGGUUCCACUUGAUCACUAAGGAUCCUGCAUGUUACAUGACAAACCACAAAUUCAGAACCUCGGCUUUCAACCUGUUUCACCACAUCAACGCCUACGAAGACGAGGGAUUCAUCGUGGUCGACCUCUGCACCUGGAAAGGGCAUGAUUUUGUGUACAACUACCUGUACCUGGCCAACCUGAGGCAGGAGUGGGAGGAGGUGAAGAAAGCGGCGAUGCGUGCGCCUCAGCCGGAGGUCAGGCGAUAUGUUCUGCCGUUGGAUAUUCACAGGGAAGAACAAGGCCGGAACCUCGUGUCUCUGUCCUACACGACGGCAACCGCCGUCCUCCACAGCGACGGAUCCAUCUGGCUAGAGCCCGAAGUUCUGUUCUCUGGACCGAGACAGGCCUUCGAGUUUCCACAGAUUAACUACUCCAAGUGUUGUGGAAAGAAAUACUCAUUUGCAUACGGCCUCGGACUCAACCACUUCAUCCCUGACAGGAUCGUCAAGCUGAAUGUCCAGACCAAAGAGACGUGGGUGUGGCAGGAGGAAGACUGUUACCCAUCAGAGCCGCUGUUUGUUCCCACACCUGGAGCCACGAAGGAAGACGAAGGCGUGUUGCUGAGUGUUGUGGUGAAGCCGGGCGCAGAGAGACCAGGUUUCCUGCUGGUUCUGGACGCCAUGAUGCUAACGGAGCUAGCUAGGGCGGAAGUCAACGCCGUCAUCCCCGUCACUUUACACGGGAUGUACAAACCUCCGCCUUCACCCUAAACACACCAGAUAAUCCCCGUUUUAUAGUUAUUGGCGAUAACAAUACAUUCUGAUCAGUUUGUAAAUCAAAUACCACUCUCAUUACUGCUAAGGUUUCAAUAAUGACAUGGAUUUAAAGCAGAGCAGAUCAGGACUUGGACGGCAUCAGUUUUUUGUUUCUUGUAAUCAAAAUCAAAGAAAAUCUAUUGGCUUUGGACAAUUUGAAUCUUGUUAUUUUUGGUUUUUAGAUCACUUUUAGGUUUGUAGUGAGUGGUAGGCUCACAUCCGCUAAUCUGCUAACAGCAGAGCUAAUUUUUCUUUUUUAUUUAAAGAUUUACAAACAAGGCAGUAAUACAAAUACAAAUAAGUAUUAGGAAACAAAUGAGAAAUCAAAAGCAUAAGCGCAGAAUGGAAAGUAAAUAAAUAAAAACAUUGAAAAUUGGAUCAUUUCUGGCUCAUAAAAUGCUAAAUUAUGUUCUAUGAACUUGAUAUGGUGAACCCUAACGAUAAACAUAACUUUAAUGAAUUUUACAUAACAUAGAAACUCAAUGAGAAAAACACAAAACUUGGGAGACAUUUUCUUACAUUUGGAUUUGUGUAUAUGAUUUUUUUUUAAAAAUUAUAUGAUAGUUUUUCAUUUCGCACUUUGGCAUUUUUGAUAACUUUGAAAAAUGUAUCACUUUGAUCUUCCCCUAAAUAAAUUUUUCCAGAUAAAUGAUCACCACUUAUGUACUUGGCUGUUUCAUAAACCUUCAGUUGAAUAAAAUUUUACAUCUGUGUUCAAGAUUUUAUUAAUUAACACUGAAGGUAAAAAUUAGCUCCAUUAUUAGCAGAUUAGCUUAUCAGUCAUGCUACCUGUACAGCUGAUGCUACUUCUGUUAAUUACUCGCCAUUUUCUCAUGGUCCUGUUGUUCCUGUGUUUUUAUUUCCUGUGUUUUCAAUCAUACAUUAAAAUUAUUUUAGUUAAAUUUUUAUGUUUACUGAAUCCACAUCUGCUUUAUUCUCCAUGCCUCCAUGUAUAGUUUACUUUUGCUUCAUUGUUUGAUAAAGAAAAAGCAUGUUGGUAUAUUUUCAGAGCAAUUUCUGCUCAAAGCACUUAACAUUUCAGUUUAAUACAUUUUAUAUAAUGGAUACAAAUUGUUGAUGUCUCAACUGUAAAAUGUCAAAUAAACUGUUUAAAACUGAAAA